CUAAGAGUUAAUCCCUCUGGACAUGAUAAGAGAUGCUAAUUCCAAAACUCAUUAUUGUUAGUGGUGACAUGAUAUUUAUUACAAUAAACAAUAAACAGUAACUUAUUGGUCAAUAAUAUAUGAAAGAGGCCAUCAUUCAGAAGGGAUGGAAAAGUUUUUCUACUCUUUUUAGUGUUUAAUGCAACCACAUAAUUUCAAACUGUUAGUUAAGUAGGAUUAAUCCUGCUAAUUUCAUCGUGGUUUUCGGACGAGUUUCCAAACAUGCACUUUAUACCUUUCUUUCGUGUUACAUGCUUCACCUUGAUUUUCUCCCUUCCUAUCAUCUACAUGAGGUGUAAAUUUGCAUAAAAAUUAGUGUAAGACACCCAUGCUUGGAUCUUAAUAUUGGUAUAAAAUCAGACUUGGAAGGCGUAUCUUAUUGAUAUUCAGUAUUUAAUGUUGACUGUACAUAUAUCACCAUCAACAUUAUCAUAUAGGCCAUUGCCCAUGCGAGUAUUGGUCCAUUGAGUCUUCUUGUCUUUUCUGUAUGCAUUGUUAUAAAAUGUUUGGAUUAACUUCUGUUCCAUCAGAAUUAAUUUUGAAACACAGAAGCUACUCAUAGAAGGGUUCACCCCAUACCAGAAUUGAUUCUAACUUCAGAAUCAAUUGUAGAAUAGUUUUCAAUUAAACAUGACUUAGUAGGCCAACCUCAAGUUAAAAUUUGAGAAGUUCUUGUAGUAUUCACCCCCCCCCCCUCCUACACCAAGAUCAUAGUGAAUGACAGAAUGGAAAAGGGACCCCCAUGAUUAGUUGAACAGAUAUAAAUACUAGAACUCAGCUAGUAGAUUGAGCAGCAUAUGCAUCCAUGGGGGCCAUGGGAACUUUGGAGAGAGACCUCUAUAACAUGAGGGAGUAUUAUGAAAAUGGAAACACAUUAGAAGCUUCUUGGAGAGAAUCACAACUCAAAGGGUUGCGUCGUUUCCUCGUAGAGAAAGAGGAAGAUAUGUUGAACGCCCUCUUGCAUGAUUUAGGGAAACACCACAUGGAAGGUUAUAGAGACGAGGUUGGAACUGUAAUGAAGUCCUUAAAUCUUGCAUUGAAGUGUGUGAAAGUUUGGAUGUCUGGCAAAAAGGCAAAAUUGCCACAGAUAGCAUUGCUAACAAGUGCAGAAAUUGUCCCUGAGCCUCUUGGUCUAGUCCUCAUUAUUUCAUCUUGGAAUUUCCCUUUCGGACUUUCCCUUGAGCCACUGAUAGGAGCAGUAGCUGCUGGAAAUGUAGCAGUCUUAAAGCCUUCAGAGUUAUCUCCUGCAUGUUCUGCUCUACUUGCCUCUACUCUUGUAACAUACUUGGACAGUAAAGCCAUUAAGGUGAUCCAAGGGGGACCAGAGGAAUCACAGCAACUACUGCAGCAAAGAUGGGACAAAAUCUUCUUCACAGGAAGUGCACGAGUGGCGAGCAUUGUAAUGUCUGCAGCUGCGAAGCAUCUAACCCCUGUGACUCUGGAGCUGGGUGGAAAAAGCCCUGCAGUUGUGGACUCCCUUUCCUCCUCCUGGGAUUUAGAGGUAGCUGUGAAGCGGAUUGUUGUAGGGAAAUUUGGAACAUGCGGUGGUCAAGCAUGCAUUGCGGUCGACUAUGUACUUGUGGAAAAUAGAUACUGUUCAACUCUGGUGGAUUUGGUGAAGGUUUGGAUCAAGAAAAUGUUUGGAGAGAACCCAAAACAUUCCAACACUAUUGCGAGGAUAGUGAAUAAGCAACAUUUCUUUAGAUUGAAGAAUCUUCUAGCAGAUCAAAAGGUCAAAGAAUCUGUGGUUUAUGGUGGCUUCAUGGAUGAAGAAAACUUAUUUAUUGAGCCAACCAUCUUGGUGGACCCCCCACUUGAUGCAGCAAUCAUGUCAGAAGAAAUUUUUGGCCCAUUGCUUCCAAUUAUUACUGUGGAGAAGAUUGAGGAGAGUAUUAAAUUCAUAAAGUCCAUGCCUAAGCCUCUUGCCCUUUAUGUUUUUACCAAAAACCAAUCAUUGCAGAAAAGAAUGAUAACUGAAACAUCAUCUGGAAGUGUAACAUUCAACGAUGCAAUUCUACUAUAUGCAGCUGAUUCCCUUCCAUUUGGAGGAGUGGGUGAAAGUGGGUUUGGCAAGUACCAUGGGAAGUUCUCCUUUGACGCAUUCAGCCACCAGAAAGCGAUUCUCAGAAGGAGUUACCUCAGUGAUUUUUGGUAUAGGUAUCCUCCAUGGACACUAAACAAGUUUCAACUACUUGAGGUCUCUUACAAUUAUGAUUAUGUGGGGUUGCUCCUUGUCCUUCUGGGCAUAAAGAGACUAUCAAAUCGCAGAUCAUAUUUGGCUACCUAAUCAACUGAAUCUAAUUCACGACUCAGUCUAUUGUUACUACUGCACUUAUCUCUUCCUGUUCGCGCUGUUCAUCCACCUUCAUCCAACAUCAACUCCUAAUAGCUUAAUUUAUCUUUAUGGUGAUCCUUGUACAAUAUUAUGGUUUGUUAAGAAUUGGUCUAAGGGCCAUGUGAAUGAUUGCUGAAGUUGUGAGUUUGCAAUACUUUCACUAGCCCAAAUAAAUAUUUGUGUUCUUAUGUAUGUCUAUGUAACAACCAAAUUUCAAUUCAAAUAAUUGAGCCAUCUCUGUCAUAUUAAAGUUUGAUUUGACAGGAAGAUACUUCAGACUUCAGAGAUAUAAGCUUCAGCCUUAGCAACUAUCCCUGAUGAAGUUGGAAACAUCCCUGAUGAAGUCACAAUUUAAGCCUUAAUUUAGUAACAAGUCCAGUUGGUUUAUCAAAUUGUGAUUCUGUAUCUGUCAAAGUAGGAGUUGUCAAUUGUUUCA